AUAGCAUGGUCCAUUAACCAUAGGAAGGGAUGUUUGUGUGGACCACCUGUUUCCUCUUCACGGUCCCACUGUUUCUACAGGAGACACAUUGAUUGCACGAUAAGUAAUGUUAAGAGCUUAGCAAUGAAAUGUGACAUUGGAGCUGAAAAGAAGAAGCUGUGACUCUCUGUGGGCUACCACUGAGAUAGUGCCAUGUAUGGGUGCUACAUCACAGUCUGAAAAGCACCCUGCAAUCUUCAUCCCUCCGACAGUUUGGGAGAUGCAGGGCGAGAUAGCAAUGUGACCUUUAUAAAUAGCUGAGUUAUGCUCAAUUUUUUCUUGUGGCUUGGAUAUGGAGAAGCAUAGACUGCCUGUGUGACUCUGAAGACUUGAACGGAAAUGAAACAGGAAGCCAGAUCCACAGCCUGUUGUUCUGUGAAGACAAACUGAGUCUGUAGAGACUCCUUUUCUAACCCCAGAAACAAAGCAACCAGGGGAGAGAAAUCCAACUGUGGGUGAUACUCUGGAGAGGAGAUGCAGAGGCAACAUGACAGAUGGGCCAGCAAGAACAGAAACCACUUCACUGAACACAAAAACCGAAGCAGAAUUAGCUCAGAGAGAAGUGUUGGCCAGAAGUAAAUGCACCCUCCCAAAAAGGCAGAGGACUCCUGUGUGCUUCAGCUAAUUAAAAUAUGCCAGUUUGGAAGUGCUGCCCUUGAGAUGAUGAAGAGAGAGCAGUAUUUAAACACUCCAGCUACUUCCAUACAAGUCCCAUGAGCUCUGCAGAAUAAAACUGAAGUUUUGGCUUUUGUCAGACUGGACACUGAGAGGCAGAGGGGAAGAGAUGCAAGACGAAUUUCUGCCAUUUGCAUUCAGAGUGACGGCUUUGAUGUUUUGCUUCCUUUGGCCUUGCUUUGUGCUUCUAAUCGAUUUUGAAAAGAGGGCAAGGCACAAGUAAAACACUGCUGGAAUAACCUCUGCACAUACCUGCUGAGGAAGCAUGGGCUUUGUGAUCUGGUGCACCACCAGGAAAUAUGAAUAAUUUGUGAUUAUUAAUCAUAAAUUAUAUGUAAUUACUAAUCCAUGUGAAAAAUACAGAGUUGUGCAGUGUUUGCACACAGAAUCGGGUACACUCAGGAGAGGGCCAUGCUCUGAAGACAGACACAAAGUCUGUGUGGGGUGCAGCAGUCAGACCCAGUACAAAGAUGGGAAUGAUGAGCAACCUGGAUGUAGUUUGGUGAGAUGGGGCUGGCUUUCUCCUUGGACAGUAAACAAGCUCAGAAGAAUUGGGUUUUUUUUUUGUCAUGGGUUACUUGAUCCUGCUGUUUUCCUGGAUAUCAGUUGGGAUAACUUUUUAUCAACAGAUAGCUUAAAAUUCCUUGGACUGUCCUGUGUUGUGUGCUUACAAGGCAUACAGGCAGAGCCAGGGGCGCUUCCUGCUCUGGGAAACCCCAGGAGUGGGGCAGCUGCCACUGGACCUCUGCCUGGAGAGAGGCCUGUGGUAUUCCCAACCACCUAAUGACUGUGCAUCCUUGGAGGGUGGGGUGGUUGGUUCAAGUCUUGUGCUUUCUAGCAAAUAAGAUUUAAAAAUUGGGGGGAGGAAAAUUACUGUUAUUGCUAAGUAAGACUUCUUUUUUCCCCCUAACCAGGUUUCAGUUAUGUAGACAUAUCAACAUAAAAAACCCCAAGGUAUUUAUACUUAGGAUGCUCAGGAGGAAAGUAUUUCCUUUAUUCUAUUUCCUUUAUGGUUUGGAUUCAGCAUGGCAAAAAAAAAAAAAAAAAAAAGAAAAGAAAAGAAAAGCAUUUUGAGAAUUGUGAAACAACCAUGAGUGGCAUUAGGGGUGACUCAACAUGCAACUCUGCAGCAAGCAGAAUGAGAAUUCUUAGAGUGGGCUUCUUUCAAAUAAUAGAAUUAGUGCAUUUACGUAAGUUCUGUUUGAAGUGUGCAGGCAUUAAAUAGCAAUUCUGAAUGGGAACAGAUUUUUUUCCACAUUAAGAAAAAAACAGUAGCAGAUAUUUCAUUAGGCUCCUUCUUUAAAAGGAGGUUAUUUUAUUUUUUCAUUUUUUUAAAAUAUGAAUAAGAGUUUUAGAGAGAUUCAUGUUUUUUUUUUCAUGGCAUGAAAUGCUUUUCAUGUGUUUCUCAUCCAGUAUUCUGGACUGUAAAUUCUCAGAAGGCUUCUGUCAUGAUUUUUCCUACUUAAAUGGAAGCAGGGCUAAGCAUUAUUCAUCUUGGAUGAAGCACCCUGUGCCUUAAAAAGGAAGCUGAAUUGUACAGGAAAUGAAGAACUGAGCUUUCCUUUUGUUCUCAUAGGCAUUUGUAGAGAAUGGCACGUGCAGGCUAAGGCAGGCUUUAAUAUCUUGAUUAUAUAGCUGAAAUUGGUUUUGUAAAGGUAAUUCUAGUUGGGUAUAUUUUAGAUAAUCACCCAGUAGGUAAGAACACAUUAUGGUUGUUGCUGCACAGUAGGAAUAAGUUGUGUCACAACUGGACAGAUACAUUAACACCAGGAGUUCCUGUUGAUGAUCAGGGAGUCUGAAGAAGGCUGCCAGCUCUAUAUUCUCAAUAUUUUUCUGAAAAAAAAAAGACUGAGGGAACUAAGAGGGCACUUGGGAAAGCCCUGUACAGAAGAUUUGUGUAAAUAAAACCUUUCUUGCAAUUGAUGGGUCUCAGUGUUACCAAAGCUAUUCUGUUUUCUAGAUAAUUGUGUGAUUCUACUUGUGGUUUGGGACUGGCAUUCUCAUUUGUGUUUUGGGUUUUUUUGAUUAGAAGGUAUCUGAUCAGCAGACAUGAUUGAACUCAUGAUAAGUCAUUGAUGAUUACCAUCUUUGUCUGUAAAUUAUUUUCUUUUCCUUAUUAUACCAAGGAGAGAUCCUCAUCUUUCCUGUUUGUUAGAACAUGUGAAUGUUGCUUAACAAAUUGACGUUACUUUAUUCUGUAAAGGAAGGGAUUUGUAAUGAAAUAGUUAUUGAAUUAAGCAGUGCUUCUCACAUAUCUUGGUACGUCUUUGAUCUGCUUUCAGUAUUUUUUUUUGUGUGGUGCUGAUAAUAAACUGGGAAAUCAAAGAAUUUGUAAUCUCUUGGAACCACUUAAAAAGGCAUAUUUCUCUCUUCUAAACUCUAAUGUGAUGUAAUCUUUUGUAGGUAUUGAAUUUGUAUAAUUAAUAAUUUUUCUGUGCCUCCCUCUUGGUUCAUUCACUUGAGGUCUAUGUACACAUGUCCAUCAUGCUUGAGCCUGCUUGAGGGAAGGCAUGAGGUGUGGUCCUGGAAAACUGCCAGCAAGGAAUCCCUGUGUCUCAUGUGGCAAAAAGUGAAAGUGCAUCUAAUGUUAAGCAUGUCCUUCCUCACUGCUCUUUUUUGGUAUUGUAGAAGGCUAUACAGCUUUUUAGCACAGCUGCUGAAACGGUGGAGCAACUACCUUCAGAGGCAACUCAUAAGGAAUCUCAGUGUGCUGCCAGAAGUUGAUCUGCUUGGUUACAGUGGAAGGGAAUGGAAAGGAGAAACAAAGCAGGCCAAACAGAUGAGGGAGGCAUAUGAAGAAUUGUUUAGGAGCUGUCAUAUCAAAUACCUGAGACAAGUCAGGAGGGACAACUACAGUGUAAUAAGAGCAGUGCUUUUUCAGAUAUUCAGCCAAGGCAUUCCUUUUCCUUCGUGGAUGAAGGAAAGAGAUAUAUUGAAGCUACCUGAAAAGCUUUUGUAUUCUCAAGGUUGUAACUGGAUUCAGCAAUACAGUUUUGGGCCAGAAAGAUACACGGGUCCCAAUGCCUUUGGGAAAUUGCGCAAAUGUAUGGAGGCCUUAAAGACAAAUUGGGCUGAAAUAAGUGCUACAAGAGAUCAUGAAGAAAGAGGAAGCAUGUGUAAUACACUAUUUUCUGAUGAAAGCAAGGAAUACAAACUAUAUGAGGCCAUAAAAUUCAUCAUGCUUUAUGAAGUUGUUGAAGCCCAUGAGCAGAUAAGGAACAAACCCGUACACAACCUUUUUAGCCUUCUCUUUGCUCGUGACUCUUCAUCUGACCCUCUGAGUUUCAUGAUGAAUCAUCUGAACUCCAUAGGGGACUCUAUUUGCUUAGACCAGGUUGAACUGUUUCUUCUGGGAUACUUACUUGAAGUAAAGAUACGAGUUUACAGACUGCAUAGGUUUAAUACAGAGGAAUUUCAAGUAAAUUAUCCGGAUGAAUACCGAAGGGAAUGGAAUGAGAUUUCUCUCCUGACUGAGGAUGACCACUACUAUCACAUCCCCCUUUUCAGAACGUGAAGGACCAGUGACUUUUUUGUUUUUCCUUUGUACAGUGUAGUGAAUGACCAGUUCCAGUGAAUUAGGUUUCUGAUCAGCAGCAGUAAAAUCUUAAAAAUGCUCAUUAAUGAUUACAAAAUGGUUUAUGGGUUUGUUGUGUAAACAUUUUGCUUUCUCAUUGCAGCUCAGUUCACCAUCAGUCAGCCAUAAAAACCAUAAAAUAUAUUGCUAUAUGGUCUGGGGAAAAAAACCCUGAUGUCUUAGGGUUGUCAGACAAAAAAAAAAAAAAAUUGGACUGCGUGACAACAAAAGCAAAGGUUAUGCUGGGUUUUCCAUUGCUAGCCUGAGGGUUUAUUCUGACAUCCAUGGAUGCGUUAAACUCAAGUGCCUAAAGCAAUGACUGCCUUUCCCUACUCCUGUCUUUCUCUAGCAAGGGAGGAUGACUCACAGAGAAAGGAAAUCCCUGGCUCCCACAGUUUAUAUUCCAUGCUAUUUAACUUGCAUUGACUUGAGAUGGGAGAAUAUAAACUGGGGCCUCUGCAUGGCUGCUUGAAAUCCACUUGGCUUCCCUUGUUGCCAGAGCACCUCUCUCCAGGGAUGGGCAGAGCAAGCAGCAUCAGGUUGCACUUAACUUCAGACAUGGGAAAUGGAGCUGUCUGUACCCUGUGGUGCUCCCUGAAGGGGAAGAACUGUUACAGAGGGGGAAGAAUCAAUACAGAGAAAUACUGUGCCAGAUGAGUGGAAGAUCUCCUGUGUAAGUGAGUAAAGUACAUCGCUUUCUCCAAGGUAAAAAGGGCAACAUUAAUAGGUAACACCCAGUAGAGUCACAGCCAGUGGCUGCAUUGGUCAACUUGUAAAUCCUCUAAGGGCUGAUUUCAACAUUGCAUGCCAAGAUUUCCUUUGCAAUUCAUCUGAGAAGGCUGUGCAUGGAAUACAGGCUAAAACACUGCAUUUUCAGAAAAUAUUAGUUUUUUAUGCAUUAUAUGAUUUCAGCAGUGUUGCAUAUAUGUUUUAUCCUCUGAUAAUGUGUUAAUCUCCUUGCCUAAGAUUGCUAUCUUUAAUUUAGACUGUCUGGGUUUGAAGAAGUCUGACCAGGACAAGUAAAUGAGAUUUACCUUCCUACAUGGAACAUUUUGCUCAGUUCUGUUUUCUAAAAGAAUAAAUGUGUUUUGAUUAUUUCAAAAUAAGGGUCCUUAACUUGAAGAAGUAUUAGAUCUCUCAAAAUAUAUGUGAAAAGCUUACAGUGUCACAGGCUAAUGGUUGUAUUGAAGAGGGUGGGAUUUAUUAAGAAACAAAGCCUCUCCUUUCCUUAUUCUGGAGAUUGAGAGGGACAGGCAGGUUUGUUUUAUUAAACCUGCAGGAUAAAAUGCAAGCCAGUAGCAGAAAUAGGAACAGGGCCUGCAGGAGCCAAAGUAGUUGCAUGAAGUAUCUUCAUGGUAAUGCUUGGAGUCAGUGGCAUGUGCUCAGUUCCUUUGUGUAAAGAAAAGCUAUUUUAUCCCUUAUGCUCCUUUUAUUUGUGUGUAUAUGUAUAUAUAUAUAUUUAUAAAUACAAACACUUGAGUUCUCUAUUGUAGCUGUUUUGUUUUCUGAAAGUUUUGGUUCAGUUUUGUUGAAUAAUUUGUAGAUUUUAAUUAAGAAGGCUUGAUAGCUGUUAUAAUUUCAUCUCAUCAAAACCUGCAUAGCAAGUACUUUUAUUUAUUAAUAAAAGAAAGUUUUUUCGCUGAAUAAUUUUCUUAUUUUAGAUUUGGUUCUGCUCUGCAUGGGGAAAAGUUAUAAUACCUAAGUGUAAGGUAUUAUUAUCUAUUUUGCAUCAACAGUAACAUUGACAGUUAUCAAUAAACUUGUCUGUAUUUUAUUCUUGUUUUGGAACAAACAGACAUACCAUAAAUAAGUAUGUUUUUUUGUAGUGGGCUUUUUAAUGAUUUGCAUAUUAUUUGUGUUUAGGAAUUCAAAAGCGUUCCAGCUGAAAGUGAUAAAUUGUGAAAAUGUACAUUUUUGUGAUCUUGAGUAUAUUAAUAGCAAGGAAUUAAUAAAAAUCUAAAACAGA